AAGACCAGAACUGGGUUUUAAACCAGGACUAAACCAGGAAUUAACCAGGACUAAACCAGGACUAACCCAGGACUAAAGUGGGUCUAAACUAGGACUAAACUAGGACUCAACAAGGACUAAAACUGGAACUAAAUCAGAACUAACCUAAGACUGAAACUGGGUCUAAACCAGGACUAAACCCGGACCAAGGCAGAUGGAGAAGUGGAUUUGUUGGUGUCAACAUGAGACAAAACGCGAGGACGAAUCUGAACCAGAGAAAGAUGAAGAGCUCCCUCCAGAACCUACAACAGAGGCCAGUCCUGGUCCAGAUCCUGGUCCAAGUCUUGGUCCAGAUCCUCGCUGGUUCCACAGUUUGCAGCUCAGAAAGUCCCAAGUCCAGAGAGGACGCAGCAACAGCGACCCCUACAGGGCUACCAUGGAGGAGCUCUUCACCUGGAGACCUAGGUUUCAGUUCGGGAUGUCUCAUUCGUACCUGAGUCUGGAGAAACUGGGAGAAGGAGCCUACGCUGAGGUCUACAAGGGCAUCAGCAGGAUUAACGGGCAGCUGGUGGCCCUAAAGGUGAUCCGGACAUCGGCUCAGGAGGGAGUCCCAUUCACAGCGAUGAGAGAAGCGUCUCUGCUGAAGAAACUCAAACACAACAACGUGGUGCUGCUCCAUGACAUUGUGCAGACUGACGAUACGCUCACCUUUGUCUUCGAAUAUGUCCAGACAGACCUGUCCCAGUACAUGCAGCAGCACCCAGGAGGACUGCACUCCCACAACGUCAAGUUGUUUAGUUUCCAACUGCUGCGAGGUCUGAGCUACGUUCACAAACAGAAGAUCCUCCACAGAGACCUGAAGCCCCAGAACCUCCUCAUCAGCUUCAGAGGAGAGCUCAAACUGGCCGACUUUGGUCUGGCUCGGUCCAAGUCCGUCCCCUGUCAGACCUUUUCAUCUGAAGUGGUCACUUUGUGGUACAGACCUCCUGAAGUCCUUCUGGGGUCUACAGACUACUCCAGCGCCCUGGACAUGUGGGGAGCAGGAUGUAUUCUUGUAGAGAUGCUGCAGGGAGCGCCGGCGUUCCCUGGACUUUCUGACAUCUCUGAACAACUCAGAAAGAUCUUUUCUGUUUUGGGAGUUCCAUCUGAGGAGACUUGGCCUGGGGUCUCUCUGCUCCCAAACUACAGCACAGAGUGUUUUGGACGGCGUGACCCUCGACCUUUGCGGAGCGUCUGGAAAAGAUUGGGGAUGCUCCCAACUAAGACCGAGGACCUGGUACAGAACCUGCUCAGACCAAAUCCCAGAGUCCGGAUUUCGGCUCAAGAUGGACUUCAGUACAAGUAUUUCAGCUCCCUGCCCCACGGAGUGCACAGUCUACCAGACACUGAGUCCAUUUUUAAAGUCCCUGGAGUGAGUCUGGAGGCUGAAGUCCGAGACCGUUUCUACCCUGGUCCUAGAGUCCGGACUUCGCUGCUGGAGCGGGCCAAGUUCUGGUGAAGAAAGUGACAUCAUCACUGCCAUGAUCGAUAAUGACGGGUCACAUGCUGGCCUACUCUUUGUUUACUUCUCAACAACUAUUUAUACCAUCAUACAGCCACAAACCGCCUUAGAUAAUUUGAACCUUGAUUCUGUUUUUUCAGUUGGAUUUUAGAGUUUUUAAUAAAGUAAAAGCAAAAAGUAUUGGUGAAUGGACUUUUAUGUGGGAGCCUCUGCACUCCCAUAUGUGCACCACAAGGGUGUGUUCUUUCUCCGCUUCUAUUUAUCAUAUACACUAAUGAGCUAAUUGUAGGCUAAGCGUUAGCCUUCUCCAAAAUGAUGAAAAUGAUCACAAUCCUAUUCUAAAUUCUUGUACCUUCACCUGAAUGUGUCCAAAACUAAGGACAUGAUCAUGGAUAUUAGAAGGACUGCUCAGGCAGUAGUCCUGAGCUGACCACUGCCUGUACCUGUCUCUGGAUGCUAGCCACCAUGUUCUAAACAGGAAGUUAGCAUGGGCGUGAUCAACUCGGCCCCAGUUCACUUUCUGUUGAAAACUGUGGCCCCUCUCUCUGUAACUGUUGCUGUCAGGCUCGUCAUUCUGACCUUAAAAUGUUGGUUUUGACCCAUUUUACAUAAUCCUGUUUUUUUUCUGUCUGUCUCUAAAUCAAGAUAUGAACAUUAAUAACAGACCAAUCAGGCUCUUUCUGUCCCUGAGGUUGCUAGCUCGCUAGCCCAUUUCCCCUGCUAAACAAGUGGUGCGGGCUGGAAAGGGCAUUACCUUCAUCAGUCUCGCUCCAGAUUGGUGGCUUCAGCAUUCAGCCAUUUUAAACAAUGUGUCGCACUCUGUACAGUGACUUUCAGCUCCUUCACUCUGGGCAUAGGUCCUUGGUCCCAAUGUGUAAAACGAAGCGCUUUAAAACAGCUUUAUUUCAGUUAUUCCAAGUUUGUUUGUUAAAUAAGCUGUAAAUUACCCCGGUAUGUGACUCUUUUUAUGAACAUCUAUAAUGUGUUAGUCUUGGGCUUAUUUUAUUCUUGUCAUGUUUUGUGAGCACUGUGGGGCACUUUCAUUUUUCAUAUUACUACGAUUUUAUGUCUAUGUUUGUGUGCUAAUGCCAGCUGCAAACCAAUUCUACCUGCAGGUAUAAAUAAAGUUACCUGAAGCUGAACCUGUCCACCUGGAGACAGGAAGAGACAUGACAGAUCAGGCAAGGGAAGAUUCUGAGGUGGAGAGAAAGAAAAUCAGCCAUGGACAUGACUCUACCAGAUCUGCAUCACCUUCAGUUUGGUAUAGCUUAUCAUUUUACUUCCUGGUUGGACAGGGGGAGCAGAUGUGACAUUUGUAGAUGUAAUUCCAUAACUGUUAUCUGGCAACCAUAACGUAAAGAGUUAAAUGUAGGUUUAAAGUGUCUGAAAAAUGUCUUCCUUGUGCAUAAAUUGUCUCCGUAUUUUAGAUGAAGUUUUCUGUGUUGAUGACAUAGGCGGAGAGAUUAUGUUUUACAGCUCAGAGCUACUUCCUGUAUUUUUGUACUUUCCACGAACUGCCACUUAACUGAUGUAGAACUAUGAUAAAUAUUUAGCACAGUUACUAUUCACCAAACCAACUCAGAAUUUGAAAAAAUAUAUGAAUCUGUCAAACUUAAAUAGUACAGGGUCAAACCACUGAAAUGUGACUGACAAGAGAAGGAAGCUUGCUAAAUCAAUAUGGUAAAGUAAUCAUCGAAUAAUCGAGUUAAAAAGGUCAUCUUUUGGAGAAUAUAAAUACUUUUUUAGGUUUUAAAAUAGAAAAGACAGAUUAGGGGCUAUGCUACGAUAAAUGUGCUUGAUCUGCUUGGCUGUUAUUGACCGAUGACCGCCCUGUGACACAACUGCUGCAGUGAUGUUGAAUUCUACAAUACAUUGAAUUGAAAAUGUGUUUUGGUAGCAUUUUUUAUUAUUGUAUUAAACAAAAACACAGUG